AUGCCUCCCAAGCAAUCCAAGUCGAGCGAAGGACCCAAACAGAAAACACUUUUCAGCUUUAUUAACAAAACACCUAAUAAUGCUGCUGCAACUCCCAAGAAGUCUCUAUCGCAGUUCCGUAGUCCGGUCAAGCCUGUUGCUUCGUCCCCAGUGGGCGGGGCAUCGAGCGAGGGGGAUGCGAAUAUGAGCUCGCCCGUUGAGCGGGCGCUCAAGACCUCGAGUAGUGCUCAGAAUAGCAGUCCUAACACCAACGUGACUGUUGAUUUGUCUCAGGAUGACUCUGAUGAUGAGGCGCCUGUUCGAAUGUCGACUAGGAAAGCGGUUAAGCGCAAAGCUCAAGUUCAGGAUUCCGGCUCUGAAGAGGACGAAGCAGCGGUUGCUUCAUUUUCGCAAAGGAUUGCGAAACACGCGGCUCCAAAGGGGAAAACUCCUGCCAAGAAGCGCCGUACAUCUGUCUCUUCCCGUGAUGAUGAUGAUUUCAUUGUAGACGAUGAUGAAGACGAUGAGGUUGAAGAGAUCGCUCCCUCAAAAGCCGGGUCCGAGGAUGAUGAUGAUUUAGGUGACGACGACGAAUCUCCCAAGAAGAAGAAAAGCAAAAAGACAGCUUCCCGUCCGCCUGCUAAACCGACCGGAGGAGCUCCCUCUGGUGGCUCAUCCACGAAUUUUAUGCUCACCGCCGCCGAGCAGCGUGCGCAAAAUAGUAAAACUGAUAAAAAGGCAAAUGAGGAGAUGUAUUCCUUCCUGAAGGAUCCCAAAGAUAAAGACGGAGUUCGUCAUGCAGAAGAAGGGUCUGAUCCUCGGACACUCUGGAUACCCAAGGGGGCUUGGAGCUCGUUUACUCCGUUUGAGAAACAGUUCUGGGAGAUUAAGCAAAACCACUUCGACACUGUUCUUUUCUUCCAAAAAGGCAAGUUCUACGAGCUGUAUGAAAACGACGCCCAGAUUGGGCACUCCGAAUUCGACCUCAAGCUAACUGAUCGCGUUAAAAUGAAAAUGGUUGGGGUACCCGAGUCGAGUUUCCAGUUCUGGGCGGCCAAAUUCUUGGCUAAAGGUUAUAAGGUUGGACGCGUCGACCAAGCUGAAACUCAGCUUGGAGCGGAAAUGCGACAGGCGGCGAACAAGGGCCCGAAAGGAAAAGGAGCUGCUGCAGCGGGUGAUAAGAUUGUGCGCAGGGAACUUAACAAGGUCCUCACCAACGGCACGCUUGUUGAUCCUGAGCUCUUGCAAGACGAACAAGCUGGACACUGUAUCUCGAUUCGCGAAACAGAGGAAGAAGGAGAGUUUGGAAUCUGUGUGCUGGACGCCUCGACUGGUGAAUUUAAUCUUUCAUCUUUCAAGGAUGACAUUGUGCGCACGAAGCUUGAGACUAUCAUGCGCCAGGUUAGGCCAAAAGAGCUGGUUUAUAGCAAGGGCAAUCUUUCUGUGGCGACUACACGUCUUAUGAAAGUCCUAUUACCGAGCAAUUGCCUCUGGACACCUCUUAGCAAAUCCGAAGGCCUAUCUUACGAUCGGACACUGGAAGAACUCAAAGCAUUGUAUCCCCCUGAGCCUAGCGAUAACGAUGGCAUGGAAGACGACAACUCCUGGUCGAGUGGGGUUCCUGAUGCGAUCCGAAGCUUUAUCGGGAACGAAACAGCGAUUGAAUCCCUAGGAUCAAUGAUUUGGUAUCUGCGGCAACUUAAUAUCGACAAAGACAUUCUCACACAGAAAAAUUUCAAUGUGUAUGAUCCUUUACAGAGGGGCAAGGGGCUCGCACUCGAUGGCCAGACUCUGUCCCACAUUGAGGUGCUGGUGAAUAGCGAAGGAACCGAGGAAGGAACACUGUUGAAGCUCUUGGGACGAUGUGUCACGCCUUUCGGCAAACGGCUGUUUAGAAUUUGGAUUUGUAAUCCACUACAGGAUGUCAAAGCGAUCAACGAGCGUCUCGACGCUGUACAAGAUCUGAUUUCUCACCCAGAGAUCGAAACGAGCUUUAGUAAAAUAGUUUCUGGUAUUCCUGAUCUCGAGCGUAUUGUCUCUCGAGUACAUGCCAAGUCAUGCUCAAUUAAGGACUUCCUGAAAGUCUUGAGCGCAUUCGAGAACUUGUCAAAGGGCCUGGCCACUCUGGCUGAAAUGUCCGAAGACUUCGAGAACAAGAGUGUGUUGGGAUUGCUGCGACAGGCCCCAGAUUUGAAGAAGAAUAUAAAGAGGGUAAAGAGCUUCUUUAACGUCGAGGACGACCUGCUUGUCCCCAGUUCCGAUGAUGUCGACGAAGCCUACUGCGAAAUCCAGACCGAAAUCAAGCAACUGGAAGAAAAGCUUGAGAAGAAACUGAGCGGUCUGAAGUCAGACCUUGGGUGCAAGGACUUGAGUUACUGGCAUAGCGCCACUGGGACUAAGGAUAUUUAUAUUGUUCAAGUUCCUGUUGGCAAGAAAGUUAGCGUUCCUAAGGAUUGGACCAAACACGGGGGAACCAAAGCAAUUACUCGAUACACAGUCCCUCUCCUGGCCUCCACAAUUCGUGCGCUGAAAGAAGCACGCGAAACUCGCACAGGAAUUGUGCGUGACUUCAAACUUCGUGUAUUUGCCGAGUUCGACGCGGACCGGGACGUAUGGCUUCGUGCGGUUAAAGUAACCGCUGAGAUGGAUUGCUUGUUGAGCCUUGCUAAGGCUUCGGAAGCUCUCGGAUCGCCCAGCUGUCGGCCCGAGUUUGUAGAGGAUACUGGACGAGCAUUCGUAGAAUUCGAGAAUUUGAGGCAUCCAGCGCUGGAGUUGAAUAUGAAGAAAGACUUCAUUGCGAACUCUGUGAGGCUUGGUGGCCAGCAUCCUAAUGUCGCUUUGAUCACCGGUCCUAAUAUGGGAGGGAAAUCUACCGUGAUGCGUAUGACGGCUGCGGGGGUUAUCAUGGCUCAAAUGGGCAUGCUCGUCCCAUGCGAAUCAGCAAGGCUGUCACCAGUAGAUGCGAUUUUGACCCGAAUGGGAGCAUACGACAGCGUGUUCACCAAUUCAUCUACCUUCAAGGUCGAGUUAGAUGAAUGCUGCAAAAUCUUAAGAGACGCUACUCCUAAAUCCUUGGUUAUUAUGGACGAGCUUGGUCGUGGAACAUCCACAUAUGACGGUAUGGCUAUAGCAAGCUCUGUACUUCGCGAGCUGGCUACGAAGACCCUGCCACUCACGCUUUUUGCUACCCAUUACUCAUCGCUCACUGAUAUGGGUGAGAAGCAUCCCAACAUUCGCAACAUGACGAUGCAAACGGUGGUUGAUGAUGAGAAGCGUCAGCUCGUGAUGAUGUACAAAUUUGUAGAAGGUGUAGCUCCAGGCUCGUUCGGAACUCAUGUCGCAAAUGUGGCGGGAGUGCCAGCGUCAGUCGUGGACCGUGCAGAGCAAGUCUCCCGUGACUUUGCAGAAGUCAGUCGCAAAAAGCAGUUGGAAAAACGUGCUGCUGUCUCGAGAAUCCCACUCGAUCUCCAAGCUGAUUUUGCCCAACUUGCCAAGCUCGCGGGUGGCCUGAAGCUGACAGACGACCCUGUCCAACAGCUUGAGAGUCUGCGCAUACUGAAAGGUUCCGUGCGAAGCUUGCUCAAAGCAAACUAA